AUGCUGACAAAGAAGAUACCCUGGAGCAUUUUACUGCUACUACAACAUGUUAUUGCCCAAGGCGGCCUAAACCUAGGCUCAUUUGGCCUUGGCAAAGGCUCAGCCGGUGAUUUAUUGUUGAAUUUUGGCCAAGGAGGAAGCUUAUUUGGCCUUGGAGCUGAUCGUGCUACCAACCUCAAUAUUGGUCCUGGACGGUUUGGUGUUAAAGGUAGGUUAAUAUUGAUCUUUUAAAGGAUAUUGACAUUUUAUAGAGCCCCAACCUGCCCUAGCUUUAGCAUUAGCUCUAGCUCUAGCUUAAGCUCCAGCUCUAACUCCAGUUCCUGCUCUAGCUCUAGUUCUAGCCCUAGCUCUAGCUCUAACUUUGAUUCUAGCCUUAGCCCUAAUCUGGACCUAUCUACCCAAUCCCUACCGUAGUCUAUACUAUAACCAUUUUCAUAAUUCUACUCUAGCGCUACCCAAGCCUUACUCUACCCUCGUCCUACCCUAGCCUUACUCUAUCACAAAAAAAAAUUCUGCCUAUAGCAGCCAUAAAAGUGUAUUUUCAGGUGACAACGGCCUAACACUUGGCGGCCAACGGCUGGGUUUAGAAAAUUUGUUUGGAAUUCAAGAAGGCCAAGGAUUGAAUCUUGGGAGCUUUUUAAAUGUAAGUUAUUGAGUUAUAAUCUUCGUAUAGUUAACAAAAAGGGACUUUUCAUCUUUGCUUUAGCUUCCACAAGGGGUUAUAUUUUAAAAUCUAAAAAUUAUAACUUUUUUAUACCUAAAAAAGCUUGAAAACAGGGCAUUUUUUGACUAAAACAAAGGUUUUCUUAUCAAAAAAUGAAAUUAAUGGAAUUUAUUUUAUAAUAGAGUUGACAAUACGAAUAUAAAAAUGUAUGUUCUAGUUUUUACCAGUCGUUAAAGUUUAAAAAACAGUCAAAAAAUGGCCUAAAAUCAGCGAAGAACUCCAAAAAAAAUGCGCGCGCUCCUCUCUUUUCUGGCGCUAGGACAAAUGCGGUUUUUAGACACUUGCGGAUCUUCGGUUUCUGGACACUUGCGGAUUUUGGACAUUUGCGGAUUUUUUAAAGGUUUUUUUUUAUUUUUUAGUUAAUUUAUUUGCAGUAUGGUACUAAAUUGUACUAAAGUUUAAAUUGGUGCGGUUUUAACAUAACAGUACUUUUUUGGGCUUUUAGUACCAUUCAGUACCAAAAAAUAUAAAACAGUACCAAUUUAAAAUUUAGUACUAUUUAGCACUAAAACAUAUUAAAACAGUACCAAUUUACACUUACCAUACUACAACUAAAUUAAAUAAAAAAUAAAAAACCCCUUUAAAAAAUCCGCAAAUGUCCAAAAACCGCAUUUGUCCUAGCGCCUCUUUUCUCUCUUUCUUUUCCGCGCUCUUUUCUCUCGCACACUCAUCAAACCCAUUCAAAAAGCGAGCGGGCGUUUAAUUACCCAAAAGAGAAAGAAUUUAUUGUUCGAGAUCAUGCUUCACAGGAUCAUUUCUGUAGUAAGCAUACUCUCGUCUAACGUCUAGGUUUCACCACCUGACUCUACGAUGAUCGAGCCGUGGUGACCCUUCCAGAGCGUGAAGUUCGUUCUGCCGGCUAAUGCAGCUGGUGGAAUGUUGAAGAUCGCGAACUGUGCACCUGGAGCACAGUUUAGGGAAGUGUCGCUGGCUGAGUAGAGCUUUAUAAAAAUUUAUAUUGUAGUAGGAGGAGGGUUUGCUAAGGUACGUUGUAUCAGGUUAAGAAGGGUAAAGUAGUACGGUAAUGUAUGUCUAUGAGGUGGCAUUUCAGGUAGUAUUGACCUUGCCACACGUUAAGUAAGGCACUACGGUACUGCAUGUUGGAGAGAGUAGGGUAGGGUAAAGUAGGACAGAGUAAGGUAGGGUAAGAUAUGGUACUUUAAAACCUCAUUUCAGACCGGAAACCCAGCCCCACUAGGCCAGUUCAACAAGCCUCCCAGCGACCCGCUAGCCAAUUUCCUAAAAACCUUUAUGGGUGGAGGUAUGAAUACCAAUACCGCCCCCAAGUCUCAAAAACCAGACAACUUCAUUCCAAAUAGACGUGGCCAAUUGGCCAAAGGUAACGAACGUCAACCAUGGGAGACUGAUGGUGAAGAACCCGAAAAAGCAACCUGGCCUACUCCACCUAGUCCAGUCGAAGAGAACUUGGGCUUAACUGGACUGGAAAAGAUGGGAAAGAGCAGAGGCAAAGAUGAGAGGGAAGAGAAGGUGGAGGAAUUUGAAAAGGCUACUGAAUCACCACAAUUUCCGACGCUGAUUAACAUGUGGGGAGGUGGGAAUGAUGGGUUUGGAAACGGCAAUGAAGGUGAGAAUUGAAAUUUAAAAAAAUUGAAAUUCAGAUUGUAAAAGCAAUUUACCCUACCCUACCUUAUCCUACCUUACCCUACCCUACCCUACUUUACCCUACCCUACCUUACCCUACCCUACCUUACCCUACCCUAGCUUACCCUACCCUACUCAACAUAUUAAACUUUUGAAAACUUCUUCAGAAUCCAGUGGCAUGAAUCCAUUCGAGCCCAUUCAAACAACCAGUCCAACUCCAAAUCUAUUUUUACCUCAAACAACGACCAAACGUAUAAACACAGAAGGCUGGAUUGGGGUCUCAGGUAGCUCUCGUAGCUCUCAAAAGGCUAAUAUGAACAGUGGUGAAGCUUCGAAAAAGACUAAUGGUAAAAGAAGAGGUGGGCCACCACCUCCCGAAGGCAUGGUUGACAUUGACGAAGCUGAAUUGAGACGGAUAAGAGCCUUGAGGCAUUAA